AUGGUAAUAUUCUUCGAGUCAACGGUCGUCUCUCCCCCCGCUAAAAUUUAUAUGGGCGUGGACAAGUACGAAAAUGAAGACCUUAUUCGAUGGGGAUGGCCGGAAGAUGUGUGGUUUCACGUAGACAAUGUGUCAUCGGCUCAUGUUUAUUUACGGCUGGCAAAAGGCCAAACAUUGGACGAUAUUCCUACGAAACUGUUACAGGACUGCGCUCAGCUGGUGAAGGCGAACAGCAUCCAUGGAAGCAAAAUGUCAACGGUGAAAGUUGUUUACACGGCGUGGAGCAAUCUACUGAAAACGGCGUCGAUGGACGUCGGUCAGGUCGGUUUCAAGAACAAGGCUGAUGUCAGGUAUAUGGCCAUCGAAAAAAAGGACAAUGAUGCUUUGAAGAGGUUGAAUAAAACGAAGGUAGAGAAGAACGUCGACCUGAGAGGUGAGCGCGAAAGACGUGAUGCUGAGGAGCGGAUAGAAGCUAAGCGACUGUUGAAAGAGCAAAAACAGUGGAAGAAAGAAGAGGCGAUGAAAGCUGAGGAAGAAAAGCGAUUGAGAUCGUUCGCAGAUCUGAUGACUCCCGAAAAAAUGACCUCCAACAAGGAUGCUGGCUAUGACUCCGAUGAGUUCAUGUAA